CUCUCGAUCUCCCUCCAGUCUCUCUCUCUCUCUCUCUCUCUCCGCAUCUCAAAUGUCUGAACCCACGGCCGAGGUCGACGCCAGGGCGGCGGCCGCGGCCACGGGCGACGCCGGCCGCGCCAGCAGCCUCGCGGGAGGCGGGCAGCCGCCGGCGGUAAAGGGGGGCGCGACCAUAUCCGUGUCGGUCGUCCUGCUCGCGGUGCUGGCGGCCUCCGUCGCGGCGCUGCUGAUGUCGUCGGUGCCGCGCGCCGGCGACGGAGUUGGCGAGGGCGUCGUCGGCAACGGGAUGCAGGGCGCUGGCGGCGGGGCCGGGGAGGCCGCGGGGAAGCGCGCCGAGCCCGUCGAGCACGCUGUCGGCGACGCCGGCAUCCCGGGGUUCAACAGCCGGCUGGACGCGUUCCGCGCGUGGGCGAGGCUGACGUGGAUGAAGCUCCGGCGGGCGCGCCCCGACGAGCCUCGGUAUCUGUACGGCGACGCCGCCGACGCCGGGAGCGCCGGCUCCGUGGCGGACGCGGCCAAGAAGAGCUUCGAGAUGGGCAAGGAGACGGUGGAGCAAGCGGCGGCAACGGCGGCGAGGGCCACGGGGGACGCCGUGGAGGCGAUCGAGGAGAAGGUGAAGGGAGCAGCCUCGCCGUCCUCCGACGACUCGGAGCUCUGAGCAGAGCACGCCGCGUUCAUUGGCCCUGUGGUUCUGUAAAAACGGUGUUACGCAGAUGUGCGAUGUAUGUACUCCUGUCUCUCUUUUAUCUACAGUGACUUGUUACACUGUGCAUAGCUGACAGCUGUCCGCGCGCGCGCGCGUCUCGUGCGUGUCUCG